AUGGACAAAAGACAAAUAACCAGAAAUCGGCCCGUUAAGGCCUGUGUAAUCUGCUUCAACGGUAAACGAAAGUGCACUAGAGAGAAACCUGUUUGCUCGCGGUGUGAUAGGCUUGGCUUCAAAUGUGUAUAUCUGGCAAAGCUUAAAACUAGCCCCAGAAACUCCUUCUCUUCAGCAGAUUCAGAAGAGUUAAAAGACUCAACGUUACAUUUCCUAGAUGAAAACAGGAGAAAUGAAGAAAACAACAAUUUCAGGAUAAUCACAAGCCGCAGUGGUGAAUUAUCUGUUCUUGUGCCCAAGAGCCUUUUUCCAUUCUAUGAUCUCGCCUCGAUUGUAUCGUAUUUGAUCAAAAAGAAGACGGAUGAUGACAGCGAAACGUGCAUAUUUGACUUCUCACAGCUGGUUACCAGUCGACUGGGCAUUGAGGACUUAAGGUCAAAAAUGCCCGACGAGAAUUUAGGAAAUUAUCUCAUUACUCACUUCAUGGACUCAAUAUUUCCUCUUGUUCCUAUAAUUGAUGAAAUGAACUUAAUAAUAAAAUGGAAGCUGUUUUUAAGAGAACCUUCGUCCUUUGAAGAUUUGAAUGCAAUGAUAACAUUCUUUGCGGUUUUCUUUUCCAGCUCUUUUUCUCUACACCUUGAUGAGCUGUAUCAGUGCAGAAAUAAUGAAGCACCUAAUAGCGACUCGAGGUUUUUGGAACUUGCGUCUGAGUAUUUUGAGUGCGUUGAGAAUAUCAAAGUUCUCCUCUUGACAAAUUACAACCCAUCCAUACCAGCAAUAUCUUCGCUUGCUAUGAUGUAUUACGUGGCAUCAUUAAAUUGUAACGAGCUUGCUGUACAAGUUUCCACUUUGCUCCGUUAUAGUCAAAUGGCAGGGCUACAUCGAAAAGCAUCGCAACUAUCAGAAACUCCUUUGAAAGAGGUUGUGUAUGCUUUUGUUGUCUUUCUUGACUCCAUUGUUACCUGUUAUACAGGACUUCCUACGCAAGCUGAUCUAACCUCAAAUGAGAUCUACGAGGGAACGGAAAACCUUCCUAGCGAUCCUUCUACAUUAGCCGCUAUUGCUAGAUUUCGUGCAGCCCGCUUAUGCGCAGACAUUAAGACCAAACUAAGCGGUGUCGAAUUGUUGAGCCAAGAUGAUGUGGAAGAGAAAAGAAGGGCAUUCGAGAAAGCUGAACAAGAGAUCUAUUUAAUCAACGAGAGGCUUUCAAAGCUGUCCGCUUCCUUCCAAUCAGAUCAGGCCUGGUCUUACAAUGAGAGCUGGCUCUUCCUGAGAAGAGCGGGGCGUAUGCUUGCCUACUUAAGCUCAAAUGCACAAGGCAAAUGGAAAAAAAUGAGUUCAGAAAGCAUUUUCAACAACAGGGAUUUGAUUAUACAAUCACUGCUUUUAGUAAAUGAGUCGUUCUUGAAGAUUUCGUGCGCACUUCAGCAAGGCACAAAGAGUCUAUGGUUCUUGAGGAACACGUACCCUUUUGAGCCGAUAGUUAUAGUUUUAUCCCAUUUGAAAAGAUAUCCAAACGCAUGCGUAAACUUUAUGGGAUUAAAAGAGACAGUGUACUAUACUAAAAGCUCAAAAAUCGACUAUUAUUCUGGGGACUUGCGUGUCGUAUUAGUCGAAAAGUGUUUCCAGGUUCUGUAUGAGAUUGAGUGUCUUUGGCCUCCAAAGGUACAAAAUACAUUCAAAGAGGUAUCCGCAUUGAAAUCAAAGUUGAUAACAAAGAAAGCAAGAUAA